CAUUUCAGCGGCACUUGGGGUUCUAUAACAAUGCAAGAACCUAAGUACUUUGGUACUCACCAAGAGUUUCCAUGGCGAAGAAAUGCCCACAUAUGGAAUUCAAGGAUUCAAGAGCCUAGAGGUUCUGAUCAUUCCGAACUGUGGCCUUUCUGGUUCAGUUCCUCCCUGGUUGAGAAACUGUACUCAAUUACAACUGUUAGACUUAUCUUGGAACCAUUUGAAUGGAAACAUCCCUUCAUGGUUAGGUAGCUUAGAUUCUCUCUUUUAUUUGGACUUGUCCAACAAUUCACUCACAGGAGAAAUCCCCGAAAGCUUGACACAAUUGAAGAGUCUCAUUUUCCUCAACGUCUCGCACGGAGAGUCUACACCUUCCGACUUUCCAUUUUUCAUGAAAUCCAAUCAAAAUGCAAGUGGGUGGCAGUACAAUCAUGCUAGCAGCUUCAAGCCAUCAUUGGUUCUGAGCAGCAACAAGCUUACAGGACUGAUCCGGCCGGAAUUUGGGAAUUUGAAAUAUCUUCAUGUACUGGAUCUCAGCAAGAACUACCUCACUGGAGCAAUUCCAGAUGGUUUAUCUAACAUGAAGAACCCAGAGAUAUUGGAUCUGUCCUUAAAUAAGCUCGUGGGAGCCAUACCCUCUUCUCUAAUCAAGCUCAGCUUUCUAUCAAGAUUCAAUAUAGCAAACAACGGCUUGUCUGGGGCGAUCCCUUCAGGAGGGCAGUUCUCCACCUUCCCACCUUCAAGUUUUGAGGGGAACACUGGCUUCUGUGGUCAACAUCUAUACUCUUGCCGUAUUGCAUCGAAGGAAACUGAAACUGCCCCAAUGGAGAGAAGCAGAACAGCCCUGGUCGAUUUGAGAUUUGGAAUUGAAGUAAUGUCGUAUCUUCAGCUUGUAAUUGUCCUCUACUUGGAAAGAUUAUUCUAA